AUGCUGAACUUCAUGCUCGACUCCCUUGAACCAUUCAUAGAUGCCAUCUCCAUUCUUCAAAGAUUUGAUCAUGACACGGCCGAUUUAGAAGGCUCUCCAACCAUGUUCUCCAUAAUAAUCUCCUUAGCUUCUUCCCCUCCUUCCCUUUUAGCCCUCCAAAUCAUGCCUCAAUUCUUCUCCCAUUUCUCUUGCGAUCAACUUCAUUAUGUCAACGUCCCCAUUGCCGAAGUCGCUACCAUCAUCUCCAAUAUGGAACGCGACGGUUUUUAUUCAUUCGUCUUCUUUCUUCUCGCUAACCAAGAACGCAUCGCCUUUGCAUUUAAGCGUCAUAGCCAACAACGUCGAUGGGACACAAGGCAACUUAAAUCGGAACCAUUAGAACCAAAGAAAGUAGGCGAAAUUGACUAUUCUUCCUUUGUUUCAAUUGAUUUAGAGGAGUUCAGAUCGAGUGUCAUAACGUUAUGUGCUGGUCGAGCUUUGGUAACUAUUACGAAUUCCGAAAUCUCGUUCGAUGUUCCAUAUAUAAAUCGAGAGAUUAUUCUUUCUAAAGAGAAAAGAGAAUGCAUAAUAGGGGGUUUUGAAGAAGGGGAAAAAGUAAUAUCUGAAAUCACUCUGUUUCCCAUAAAGUUGUUGAAUAGCUCGAGAUUGAAAAGGUUAUGGAUUUUCAAGACAAAUGAUUCGAGUGUUAUAAUACUCGUUGCUCCGACAGGAUUAUGGCAGUAG